UUUGCCUCCGGACCUCACUGGGGCCAGCAGCCGCCCGAUCAGGGGCCCGGGGCCACGGGCUCAGCCGACGACCAUGGGCUCGGUGUCCAACCAGCAGUUUGCAGGUGGGUGCACCAAGGCGGCGGAGAAGGCGCCGGAGGAGGCGCCGGCGGAUGCAGCCCGUGCGGCGGACGAGCCGCAGCUGCUGCACGGUGCCGGCAUCUGUAAGUGGUUCAACGUGCGCAUGGGGUUCGGCUUCCUGUCCAUGACCGCCCGCGCUGGGGUCGCGCUCGACCCCCCGGUGGACGUCUUUGUGCACCAGAGUAAGCUGCACAUGGAGGGUUUCCGGAGCCUGAAGGAGGGUGAGGCAGUGGAGUUCACCUUUAAAAAGUCUGCCAAGGGCCUGGAAUCCAUCCGCGUCACUGGGCCUGGUGGGGUGUUCUGUAUUGGGAGUGAGAGGCGGCCCAAGGGGAAGAACAUGCAGAAGCGCAGAUCCAAAGGAGACAGGUGCUAUAACUGUGGUGGUCUAGACCAUCAUGCCAAGGAAUGCAAGCUGCCACCCCAGCCUAAGAAGUGCCACUUCUGCCAAAGCAUUAACCAUAUGGUGGCCUCAUGUCCACUUAAGGCCCAGCAAGCUCCCAGCUCCCAGGGAAAGCCAGCCUACUUCCAGGAGGAGGAAGAGGAGAUCAACAGCCCCGCCCUGCUUCCGGAGGCCCAAAAUUGAGCGCAGUGGGUGGGGGAAUAUUCUUUGCUAUCAGGAAGUUCAAGGAGCAGGCAUCAAUCGGCAGAGUGGAGAAAGUGGGGAUAGGGUGGGUCGGGGUAGCUGGCACUGCCGGGUAUCUCAGGCCGGGGUUCCCAGCAUCACCCCGUCUUCCCUCGGUGGGGGGAAGGGAUGAGACAAAGGAACUCCAACCAUGCUCUAGCCAAGUAAAAGUGAGGGCGCUGGGGGAACCACCCUAGAACCUGCGUGCUUUAUCUGAGGCUUUACCCCAAAAAGAAAAGGGAAGUUGUUUUCCUUUUAAAGAAGGAUACGUAAUAUUUCCCUUGCCAGGGUGAGAUGAUUAAGCAUGAGACCAGAUGAAUGGACCUAACCCACCAGCUACUACUACAUUACGUGGGAGGGAAUCUCAGGAGCAACGCGGGGGUUUUUUAGUAUCUUUUUCCCUCGUAACCCAAUCUUGGGAUGUGGUGCUGGGAACUGUUCCAAGCAAUGGGUUGUAGCGACAGGGAAAAAGGGCGGUUGGGAGAACAGCUGCAGACCUGCUGCUCCUGACUCACUCCCACCCCUUUCUGGGCCAAUGCGAUUUUAUUUAUUUGCUCCUUUGGGUAACUGCACCUUGGGUCCCACUUUCUCCAGGAUGCCAACUGCACUGUGUGCGAAUGACGUAUCUUGUGCAUUUAACUUUUUUUUUUCGUAAUAUAAAUAUUCUGGCUUUGUAUUUUUGUAUAUUUUAAUCUAAGGCCCUCAUUCCUGCACUGUGUUCUCAGGUACAUGAGCAAUCUCAGGGAUAAGUCGGCAGCAGCUCCAGGUCUGCACAGCAGGAAUACUUUUUGUUUUUAUCACUAUGGAGAGCAAACAUUGGGAGUGCAUAUCCUAUCGAAGUGAACUACCUCAUUUCUGCCAAUUAGAGCCGAGUCUUCUGCCAUAGUACCCUCUUGAAACCCCCUCCACCUUAAAAAUGUUUGCUAGGAGACUAGGUCUUAAAGGGGUUGCCCCGCGACUUGAUCUGCGACUGGAAGAUUGUUAGUCUACACAGGAAAAGGUGGUGCAGAGAAGUUAGGAGAGGCUGGGCCACGUAAAAGGCCCAGAGAGGAAGCCGAGGUUAGGUGAUGUGAUGGUUGUUGUCUAAUCCUAGGGGCAUGGGGCUUGCUUUACACAUCUGAUCCAUCCUUCACUAGAUAGAUAAGCCUAGCUUGACAAUGCACAACAGGGUGUAUGUGUGUGUGUUUGUGUAAAAAAAAAAAAAAAAUUGAGUUGCUAAGGCUGGGUUUUAAGAUCGAUACCCUGUGCCCAUUCUCUGCUGUGCGGGAAUGGCUGUAUGAAGCAAGGACUAAAAUUCUGAACCAUUCAACAUUCUUGGCUUCCAGGGAGACCCGGGAGAGAGGGCCUCUUCGGGGUGCCAGGAACCAGUGUCCUGCCCUGCUGCAGUAGAGAUGAGUAGUGUCUUGGUAGCUAAAAAAGAAAAGGGGGGUUUCGUUUACAUGCUGUGAGAUCACUGCAGACCUACCUCACUGUGUUGAGACGGGACAAAUGCAAUAGAACGCAUUGGGUAGUGUGUGUCUGAUCCUGGUUUCUUAUCUCCCCCGAAUGCUGCCCCCCUCUUAAUUAUUAUAUUUGUCUGGGCUUUGUAGGACUUUUGCUGAGUCUCUGAGUUGGUGAUUGCUAGGUGGCUUAGUUUGUGUAAAUAUAAUGUGUUGGUCUUUUCUCCAUGUUCUUUUGGGGUUUUAUUGUUUACAAAAUUCUUUUUGUAUUGAGAGAAAAAUAGCCAAAGCAUCUUUGACAGAAGGUUCUGCACCAGGCAAAAGGAUCUGAAACAUAAGCUGGGGGGAGGCUCUUUUUGAAGUGGGGAUCUUGAACCAUCUUUGCUUUUGUGGUCCCCUUUCCCGUGUUUCCUAUUUGGGACCAUCUGUCCUAAAAACUUGACUCCUACCGCCUUCUCCCCCUAAAGAAAAUCUGCACACUCACACACACACCUGUUUAAUUCUUGCAGUAUCUCUGCAACUCUCAAAUGACUUCUGUAGAAAUCCUGAAGGAGCAAGGAUCCCCUACCCCUUGUUCCCAACCUCCCAAGUCAAGACUGUAAGUUCGUGCAAUUCAUGCCAAACACCUGCCGUUUGGAUGGAUCAAAGCUACUCAAUUUGUAAUCCUAGAAAAGCAAGUGGGGUCAGGAGACCAGAAAAGGGAGUAUGAAUGUAUAUUCAAGUCACUCAGGAACUUUUAUGCAGGUGUAAGAAACUUAUGUCAAAGUGGCCUCAAGAUUGUUUAAUAGGAGACAGACGAAUGUAACUCCAUGUUUACUGCUAGAAACCAAAGCUUUGUGUGAAAUCUUGAAUUUAUGGAGAGGGUUGGAGGGGGGAGGGUGGGAAAGUAUAUACCUGUCUGUUCUUUCCCUGAACCCUUCACAUCAUUCCUGAACUGCCCAGGACCAAGCCCCCUUGGGCUUUGGAGGCCCCAUCACUGGGGUGUCUAUUUGAUGGUUGAUUUUGCUGUACCCCGGUAUACUUCCUUUUCCUAUUUUCUAAUCAUUUUGUAACACGUGUGCUGACUUUUCCUUCCCUUCUCCU